AUGAAAACAGAUGAGGAACUUCUGCGAAAAGAGGAAGAAGAUAUAUCCAGGACUAUAGCCUUGUCCCUGCAGGAGUACCAUGCCUCACAGGGAAAGAACAGCGAGAAGGAUGACUACCUCCCCGAGGAUGAAAACGAUGAAAUGCUUCAGGAAGCCAUUCGGCUUUCCAUCAUAGGAUGCAAGAAGAGUGAGAAGGAAGACAGUGCAGAUAUGAACGUUUCCUACAGAGAUAUUGUAAAAAAAAAUUUCGACAAAAUUACCUACUACCUAUGUAACAGCCAUGAGUCCACAAAAAACCCAAAUGACGUUAUUGACAAUAAAUUAUUUUGGGAGGACAUUUACAAAAAUUAUAAAAACAUUUAUAUCAUUAUUAGGGACUAUAUGAUAAGUCUGAAUAAGAGAAAUGAAAAAAUGAAUGAGGAAUCUACAGACUCUACUUCUAGCAGGGAAUACUACGACAGUGAUGAUUCUAGUGAUUGCAGUAACAACUCUUCUUCCCUUUCUUGUUGUUCCUUGGAACAAAUAAAAAGAAGUUAUAAAAAUAUAAAUUACACUACAAAGGAUUAUUGUAAGUGGUUGAGAAAAGGAAAUAGAAGCAAAUGUUUAAAUGACCAUGUGUAUGUAAAUUAUUUGUUAAAAGAAAUGAAGUUACUUGAUGACACUACAAGUAUUCACAACUUAGUGUUCGGUGUUAAUAAUUAUAAGUACUCCAAUAAAAUGGAUAUAAAAAAAUGGUGUAAUCAUAGUAUUUCAUUUUAUGACAAUAAACAAAUAACUUUUGGACUCCGGCAAUUUUUAAGUGGACCUUGUGGACUCAUUUCCAGUGUCCAGGGGUACAUCAUCAUUAUUUUGCUUUUCAAUUAUAAGUAUCAUUUUUUGUGGGAUAAUAAUUACUUUAAUGUUUUAAAGACAAAUGCAGAUUUCUUAAAUUUCACCAAUAGUAAUGCUCCUGGUACCAGUGGGAAUGCUUGUUCCCCUGGGCAGGGCAACAAGGCGAGAAUAGGAAGUGGUGCAGCUCCUCCUCGUAAUGAAGCCAACACAGAGAAGGAUCAUUGUGAUAAGUCAAGGGAGGGCGACACCGGUGACUGCAACCAGAGCAAAGUCCCCCCUUCUGAUGAACACGCAGGAAGGGACACCGAGCCCGCAACGCCGAAUGAGGAAGACCGGACAAACAGCUCUUCGCCACGGAUUGAUUAUCAAACCAAUAGGGACAGAACAACUGUGGGGAGCGACAAAAGUGGGGUGGGACACCCAAAGGGAGGCAGUUGGGGUAUGAGCAGCACCGGCGAACGAGGGAGCGGUAGCCUCCACAGCACGCGCAGCCACGCCAACAAUGGUAAUGACCUCGCUGAGAGAGACGGUCGAGAGUGUUGGAAAAAAGACACACAGAAGGAGAAUGCGCGAAAUGGAGAAGGUGGCAAGGAACGGGCACACGAGAAAGAAGAGCACGAGGAGGACGAUUAUGAUCACGAGUUUGUACAGCUAGUUAGAGAUAAUAUAAAGGAUCUAAAAUAUUAUUCAUUAGUAGAAUCCAUGGCGUAUAUUUUGUACCAGUGCACAGACAAAUCAUAUUACAUUAUAGCCUUUUUACUCCCAGAAUGUUAUGAUUUUUCAUACUACAUGAACAGGAGAAGCUCGGAUGAAGACAUGAUAAGGGAUUUGAAAAAAAUAAAUAUUUACUACAAAGAGUUUAACAACAUUAAGGAUGUAAUAAAGUUUUACUUGGAGCAUUUUAUAAUUUUUUCGAGCUCAACUGGAGCCAUUUCUUUCUUAUAUUCUGUAAUUCUAACAAGGGGAAUGAACAAUAUUAUGAAUGAUAUGGACGACGUGAAUCAUCCGCUAAUUGGUAUUUAUGGGCACUGCUCGCAGGAGUUGGUUAAUUUGCUUCUCACCGGCAGGGCCUGUUCCAAUGUGUUUGAUAACAACAGUGUUAUAAAUACGUUCCCUCAGGUGGAGGAGGACCUGAGCGGUGCUUUGCUGUUUGACGGGGGUGGCAGGCGCGGUAGUAACAGUGGUAGCAGUUUGGGGGGUAUUUUCCCUGGAAGUACUGCUACUAUCCCUCCGUUUUCUUCCCCCACGAGUGAUGCGAGGCAAGACUCGAAGAGCUGGAAUGGUAGCGGAGGAGCCUCGCAGCAGUCCCCGGGGAUGAACAAAAACAAUAUCGUACUUAAGGGAAUAAAUAAGAGACCGUUGAUUGGACUACUCACCGAUUUUGAAGCCUUCAAAUAUUGCGAAGUGGGUAGUUUCUACAAGUACCCCAUUUACCCUAUAUGGGUAAUCAGCAGCUCAAACCACUACACGGUCUUAUUUUCCUUAAACAUUAAUAACUCGAAAUGUACAAGUGAAGAAUUAUUUUUAACCAAAUUGAAUAAAGUGUGGAAUAAAUAUGACAAGGAAAAUAACAAAUACAUUUUAUCUCAUUUCAUUCCUCAAUUUAUACAAGAUUUGAAUUUGAAGGAGGAAUAUAAAAAUAUGUUUGAUGGCUUUGUGAGUGAUUUAGACAUUUUGCUUUACUCCGAGUUCAAGGCAUUUUAUUUACAGCUAAAACAAGAUGAUAUUAAUAAGCUUAAGCAUGCUGACCCCCCAAAGGAAAAAUACUUUUACCUGUACGAUGCACAAGAGACACCAGAAAAAUGUAUCAAUUAUUUUUUGCUUAAAGAAGUCGAUUAUGAUGUUACGCAUGACAACCACUUAAAGUUUUUUAACACGCGCUGGCCAAAUAACACCGUCGAAAUUUUGAACAAUGUCAAAAGGCCCUCCAAGCAUAAGUAUGCCCUUUAG